UAGCUUGAGUGAGUAUUCUGUGCCGUGGUUCUACACACUGAUUGCAUUAUAGAAAAAGCUGAUUACAAAAGAAAAACCAGGUGCUUGAAUAAGCUAUUUUAUAUCUUGCAAUACUGUAUUGAAUAACCUCAAAUUUAUUGUAGAAGAAUGUACCUACAACUUGAUCUGAGAAAAAAUAAUAGAUAAGGGAAAACUGGUAUUUGAAAAAGUCAUAAAACUUCUUUGACCUUGCAUGGUUAUUGCAGACCGAUAUUGAAAUAGCAAUGAGUGAUUCAAACAACAGAACCGUACCAACAUUGCCUGUAUACUAUCCCACCUUUAAUGCCGCCCCCGAGGAUCUUUUUGAGACGAGGUCAACUACAUUUGCUGAGGAGACGCCAUCCCUGGGUUUGAAUGAUACCAAAGCAGUUGAUACGAUAUUCAAAACCGAAUUUCAACCAGUGGCAAAGGGCACUUACAGAAGUAAAAAGCUAUGGGAUAGUCAUAAAGACUACCUGUGGAUGCUUGUCAUUACUAACAUUGAUUUCCUGAAUGGUCUCAGUUUAGCGGAAUCCAGUUUGCGUUAUGGAGCAUGGACUAUUAUAAUAUUCACAAUAUGUUCGAGUACUUUUACUCUGAUAUUUUCGUACCUGGUGAUUUUUCUGUCGGUGUACUCCAAAAAAUCGGUCAUCUGCUAUGGAGAUAUGGUGCCAUUAUUUUCUGGAUUUGGUUAUUUGAUAAUUGUAGCAGCUAUAGUGAAGUAUGCAAUCUUCAUUGGGAUGAUGACAAAAAUUCUUCUGGCUGUGAUUGCAUAUCUGAUGUAUGAUUUCAAGCAUUGCUCGAGCCCCAGCUACAGAGGGGCCGAAUGCAUCGACUCAACAGUCACAUCUAUCAGACAAUCAAUUCUAAGCAACAAUGAGGCUUGCCAAACACUUAGAGGAACACUCUUCAUCAAGUGUGGAAGUGAUGACAAACUGUACAUACUUUCUUCAUCUACCAUUAUUGACGCUCUCUACACAAAUUUGAAUAUUGAAUAUGGAGCGAUAAUUCUAACAAUAUUCAUACUGAUCCUCAUAAUACGAUUCAUUGAACUUGAAAUGCCGAAUUAUUUGAAGGUAGCUAAAUUGACGACAAUUAUUAUGAUAUUCUACCAUCUUUUUCUCGUUAUAUCUUGCUUUACUUUGCAAGGUGAAUUGCAUUUUGCAGACAUGGUGCGAUUGAAAUCUUUCUCAAUAACUGGAGUGUUCGAAGCGAUCUGCCUCUCACUGCCGAAGCUGUCGGACAUGUUUGUGACGACCGCCUCGUGUACGGCUCGGCUGCCUCUCUGCACACAGCCCGCGGUCGACUCGGCCCUCGUUGUCAUGAGUCGCAUUCUGGUGGCAAUCGCUAGCAACGUGAUAUUCAGCAUGAUGGUCGAGACUAUUGCCGAAAAUUACAAGAUGCCUUCGUCCAGUAUGGCUAACGACUAUUUACCAUUCAGUAUACUUCCUCUCUACAUGGAUCUCAUGCCUUUUGAAACGAAUAUAUGGAUAACUAUAUUCUUCAUUAUGUCAAUCAUGCUCUGUUUCAUCAAGCAGCUGACCCUACUGGAAGCAAUUCACUCGAAUGUUGUCUGGUAUUAUGGUUACAAUAAAGUCAUUCUGGCUGCUCUGUAUUUUUUCAUUGGUGCCAUGUGCGUCAGCACUCAAGCUUAUCUUCCUCAUGAGCACGACAUAAAACUGUUCCACAUUCAAACAAUCAGCAUAAACAUACCGAUGUUGAUGCUUUUUGGAAUCAGUCUGAUUAUUUAUGGCUCGGAUAGAAUAGAAGAGGACAUCACUUUUAUGACGUCCAGUCCACCAGCUGAGCUCAUCAAGAGACUCUUGAGACUUCUACCGAUCAUCAGCUUCAUGCUCAUGGUAUGGUCUGGAUGGCACUUGACAUCAAAGUUUCAAGUUCUUAUCAUUCUGCUGGUAAUCGGAUCGGUUGUGGUAGAGGUGAUGGUGCGCGUCGUAUUCCUGUCAUAUGAAAGUGAUGCACAGGUUCAUCCCAGACCAAGGUAUGGUCCACCAAAUAGUAUACUCCGAGAUGAUCGUAAGAAUUAUAUACUCGAAUCAAAAAGAAUCAGUUCCUUGUAUGCUAUCAAAGCCAAUACUCUAUUCAGAAAAUUGAAAGCCAAAGAGAAUAAACGGUAUUCAAUGAGAGGAGAGAAAUUUAUAUCAAGCAUUGAUCUUUCUACAAAAUGAGAAUUCUAUUAGUAAAACUCUGUAUUUUCUAUUUUCUAUAAACCGUUAAUUCUAAUCAAUUGAAUGUGUGAAGUUAAAAUUGAUUUUGUUGACUCUACUCAUUAUCGAGUUGAUUUACUGGAAAAGUUCAGUACGAUUUUAAAAAAUAAAAUUGUUUCACAGCAAA